AUGGCGUCUCCGCCCGGACUCAAUUUCUUCAAAGAAGGUUAUUUCACUGAGACGGGAACUAUGAAUCCGGAACCAAGUGUCUCGCUAAAGGUUGACGAGGUCCUGUAUCAAGGCGAAAGCGAUUUCCAGAGAAUAUUGUUCUUUCGAUCGGAGAAGUUCGGUAGAGUUCUCUGUCUUGACAACGCGAUCCAAUGUACCGAAUUUGAUGAAUUCGCUUAUCAAGAGAUGAUCAGUUUCUUGCCGCUCAACUCACACGAGAACCCACGAGAAGUGUUGAUCAUCGGAGGCGGAGAUGGAGGAGUCGCCCGUGAAGUGGCAAAGCAUCCAAAGGUGGAUAAGAUAAUUCAAUGCGAGAUCGAUGGCAAGGUUGUCGAGCUCUCGAAGGAAUUCCUCCCGCACAUGGCUUGCGGCUUUGCCUCGGAGAAGAUCGAUUUGCGAAUAGGCGAUGGCAUCAACUUCGUCAAGAAUACGGAGUGCCGUUUCGACGUCAUCAUCACCGACUCGUCUGACCCCAUCGGACCAGCGGAAGUACUCUACCAAGAUGAUUACUACGCAUCUCUGAAUAAAAUCCUGAAACCAGGCGGUAUAGUCUGUUGCCAGGGAGAAUCUCUGUGGUUCGACCGCGAGUUCAUUCGGGAAGUCCUCGGCCGAUGUUCUAAGAUUUUUGCCAAAGUCGAUUAUUCGUCCAUUUACAUACCAACGUAUCCUGGAGGCCAGAUCGGAUUCAUAAUGGCUUCCAAUUCGGAAGAGACCGACUUCAGGCGGCCCAUAACUGUAUUUUCAGACGACGAGAGCGAGAGGAUGAGAUUGAGGUACUACUCGAGCGAGAUACAUUCUGCGUCGUUCGUUUUACCUCGUUUCGCUCGCAAGUACGUCGAUGAAUCGCUCGGAAGGAAGUAGCAGACAAAUCAGCAGAAUUCCCAAUAAAGGUUUUGCAAACAUCAUCCCUGG